UAUUCUCCAUCUCUAUCACCAGCCCUAAAUCCCCCUCUCCAACCUCAAAACCCUAGCGAUCUGGUUCCAAUUUCGUGGCAAAUUUGGAUUCAACAUCGAUUAAAACCCUUACGAUCUCCAAUACUCGAUCUCUCAUCGAGUAUCGAGCGGUGGGGAUGUCGACUCCUGCGAGGAAGAGACUGAUGAGGGAUUUUAAGAGAUUGCAGCAAGAUCCUCCUGCAGGUAUUAGUGGUGCUCCCCAGGACAAUAAUAUCAUGCUCUGGAAUGCGGUAAUAUUUGGCCCCGAUGACACUCCUUGGGAUGGAGGCACGUUCAAAUUGACACUUCAGUUUACAGAGGAUUAUCCAAAUAAGCCACCGACUGUGCGCUUUGUCUCUCGCAUGUUCCAUCCAAAUAUUUAUGCUGAUGGAAGUAUUUGCUUGGAUAUUCUACAAAAUCAAUGGAGCCCUAUAUAUGACGUUGCUGCAAUACUCACAUCAAUCCAGUCAUUGCUCUGUGACCCAAAUCCCAACUCCCCAGCAAACUCUGAAGCAGCACGCAUGUUUAGCGAGAAUAAAAGGGAGUACAAUAGGAAAGUGAGAGAGAUAGUGGAGCAGAGCUGGACAGCAGACUGAUGAUGAUGAUGGUGAACAUGUCUGGCGCAAUAAUGCAAGAAUUGGUGCUCUGCCCAUAUCCCAACAAAAACUAUCAAAAUGAUUGAACUUUAGACGUGUAUGUUUGUAUUCCAACCGCAACAUAUGGCAAUAUGUGCUUGUUUGCUGUAUAUUUGUGCUUGCAAUGUGUCCCUGCUGGAUAUUUGAACUCCAUCUGCUUGGAGAUUGUUUGAGCCAUGUACUGUGGAUUCCCUUUGCCUAUUUAUGUAGAACUACCGGUGCAGUUAUGACCUUAAUGAAGAGAUUUCACAGUGAUAAAUCAUCACUUGAAUUUGGUUA